CACGCAGUGAUCGUAUGCCGCGACGCUCGUAAUGGCUUCGUCGGAGAUCGAAGUCACCGAGUCCCCCGGAGCGGCGACCGCCCAAGACCCUCCCGGCGAAGCGGCGGCGGCCGUCGUCGACGUGUUCUCCGCCUCCGCGUACGGCGAUUUGGAGCAACUGAGGAGGUUCGUGGAGCAAGGAGGCGCCUCCCUCUCGACCCCCGACGCUAACGGGUACUACGCUCUCCAGUGGGCCGCCCUCAACAACUUCGCCGACGUCGUCCAGUACAUCAUCGAGAAUGGAGGUAAUGUGAAUGCGACGGACAACUUGAAGCAGACCGCACUGCAUUGGGCUGCCGUUCGGGGAUCCGUUGCGGUUGCGGAUGUGCUUUUGCAAAAUGGAGCUUGGGUAGAGGCAGCUGAUAUAAAUGGGUAUCGGGUACUUGUUGAUUCUCCACAUCUUUCUUUUAAGAUAAUUGUUAUUCUUAUUUUAUUUACUUUCCGUUAG